CCCCUCCUGGAUCCUCCAGAUCUCUCUGGCGGCCUGUCUGGCAAUCGAUACUGGACGCUGGGCGGCGACACCGUCACGUUUCCUACCGGGCAACUGGCAACUACCCUGACCACUCCACCAUCUGUGGAAGCGGGCGAUUUUUUCCAACCCUUAACCUUUACUCGAGAUAACUCCGUCACGCUGGCGGCCCUAGCAAUCCCUCCCUCUGGCAUGGGGACGGCGCUCGAUGCGCUGAACACCCCGCAGCCGCCACUGAACACGCGCAGACCUGCCGCUUCGUCUCUUCCCAACUUUGAACUUCCGCCGCCAAACUUCCAUAUUGGAACGACCGGGUUGAGAUUGCCUACGCAUCCAUCGAAUCCUCAGCAUCCCCCCACCAAUCCCAGCGUCAGCAACCUUCUCACGCCGCCAGCAUCCACGCAAUCGGUUGAUACUCCGGCUCCGACGAGCGCAUCUACGGUACCUGCCACGGCGACAGCGACGACCGCCACAGCGGCGGCCACCACCGUCUCCGCGUCUCCGGAUCUGGUUUCGUCCUAUGCGCCGAGCUACUGGCAAAGCCAGAGCUCCUACGGAACCGCUUCAUCCACACCACGGCAAUCGUGGAACAAUCCCGCUUCUUACACGACUCGAGACACCUUCUCCCCAUCCUUGAAUCCUCUGAGCCGAAAUCCCGCAACCUCACCCCCUGGCAGCGACGGCAUCUCUCCAUCGUACGAUAUGAAUCAGCUCCCUCCGUUUCAGCAACCGCUCUCAGUCCCCUCCGUCGCCAGCAUUCCCGCAAACCCGAACCAUCAGCACACGCAUCACCCGCAUCACCACGCCAUGGCGCAUGCGAUGCUCACGGCCCAGAAUGCGUUACCUAACCCGGCCUCUGCGCCGCCUCCUCUUCCGUUCAACGAUCCGUACAUGGCCAAAUCCUCGUCCGCCCCGGCAUACGGCGGGCUUCAACAGCUAGCCAGUCCUCCAGCGGGAUAUCCACCCUAUGCCGGACAACCGGGAAUGGGAAUCCAUCCGCCAGGACGAGUGGCUUCGAAUCCGCAUCCUUCUCCCCAUCACCCUCUGGGCUACCACCCGCGACAGCCUUGGCCAUCGUAUUCGCUUCCCGCCAUGAACGGACCCGUGAUGACCAAUGUCCAUAACCCGGGAAGUCAGAUGUCGCUUUUGGGCGGUCUCCAACCGGGCAUUCUACCGGGAUUCAACAGUGGUCAUCUGGCCAGCAUGCAGCAAAUGUACGGAGGACAUCCACCGCACCCCGGACAUGCGCCAGGGCCCACCAACGACCGGCCAUUCAAAUGUGACGAGUGCCCUCAAAGCUUCAACCGCAACCAUGAUCUGAAACGACAUAAACGGAUUCAUCUGGCGGUGAAGCCGUUCCCGUGCACCCAUUGCGACAAGAGCUUCUCCCGCAAGGAUGCACUGAAGCGACACAUUCUGGUCAAAGGCUGCGGAAAGGAGGGAGCCACCGACACGAGCUCUGCGAAGCAAGAACGGAGCACCGUCAAAGAGGAAGAACGAGAUUUGGAGUCCAACGGUCACACCUGA